AUGGAUACAGAGAGAGCAUCAAGCAUGCAACAUGGAUACAGAGAGAACAUCAAGUGUGCACGGAUACAGAGAGAGCAUCAAGCGUGCAGGUAUACAGAGAGAGAGCAUCAAACGUGCACAGAUACAGAGAGAGCAUCAAGCAUGCAUGGAUACAGAGAGCAUAAAGCCUGCAUCAUGGAUGCAGAGAGAGCAUCAAGUGUGCAUGGAUACAGAGAGAUCAUCAAGUGUGCAUGGAUACAAAGAGAGCAUCAAGCGUGCAUGGAUACAGAGUUAGCAUCAAGCGUGCAUGGAUAUAGCAAAAUAAAACCAAGAAUGAGGUAAAUCGGUGACAGAGCACCAAGCAUGCAGCAUACAAGUUCUUUAAAACAACAAAUCAGAGGUCCACCCUCCUCCCCUCCCCAAGUUAGUUUACAAGGUUUAAUUAAAUUGGGGGGACGGGGGAGUGGAGGGUACGUAGUGGAUAGUUAGAGGAAGUAACUAUAUAUGGUUUAACUAUUUGUAUGCUAGUGGCUUCGAUCGAUAUGUGCACAAGAGUAAUAUGUAUUGCACAAGAGCCUUAGGCAUAUAAAGAAUUGAUUAUUUGUGUUUGGGAAUCUUAUGAGGUCAAACAUAUGGCUCUGGAGGGACCUGGCUAUAAACAGAUUGGAGAAGAUAUCCUCCGGCUCUCCCUGCAGAGGUUAAAAUGGAGAAGAUUCAUUGCAGAAUUAGUGCCUGGAGGCAAUCAAAUCACAUUGCAAGAAGUGAUUAAUGUAGCCAUUGUGUGAAACAAUGACUCCAACUCAUCCGUGCAUCACUUUACCCAUAAGACAAGUACAUGGCACAUCCAUGUAAAGGCAUCUGAAUUACAAAUGAUACUGAGUACAUGUGACAUAUAAAGUCAGACUAAUCCGUACAGAAAGUACUAGAGACAUCACAGGACAAGAUUCUAUGAUUAGUUUGAUGGCACUGUUAAUGAUCACAGAGAGAAGACAUCUAUGAGAACAUGUUUUUACUUAUUUUGUAAUCAAAAUCAACAAAAAAAUGUCUAGUAUCAGGAGUUGUACCGACUGAAUGUGAGACCAUUAAAAAGUAAAGCUAAAUACGGUUAUACGAUUUCUGGGCUGGCAAAAAAAUCCCCCAAACCACCUUGUGCCAGGGCUUUUAAAUAAUAAAUAAUAAAAAUCAAAUUCACUUAGCUGGCCAUUCCUCUAAAACAAUGUUUGGAAUUAUUUAGAGAUUGGAGGGAGGCUGAGCUGACAGCAGUUUGCUGUGAAAUCUCCCCAUUUAGCCAGAAAACAUUUAGUAGCAUGGCAGCUAUGCCUGGGUCCCAUCGCCAGGUAUCAAAAGAGCAAAUAUUAAGCGUCUCCCAGCGGUUUGCAGAUAGGAGUCUCUUAAACAAAUCUGAACCAUCGACUGCAGCUUUUGUCACCAUUAACUUGAUCUUCAUUGUCAUUAAACACUCAGAUCGCAGGUUCUUAUCACAUAAACACAGAUACAAAGCAUUCUACCGCUCUUCUAUUCCGUGUGAACCAAACAGCCAGGGUGCUUUAUGCAAUGUGUUUGCAAUUUAA